AUGGAGCAGGUGACGUGGGAACAGUGUGUCUUGAAGGAUGACAAGAACCUGCCAGACAGUAAGUGGGGACAGUGGACGGGGAAGGCAUUCAGAGAACAGCCUGGACAAAGCUGUAGAGGCAUAGAAACACCUCUUCUCCUCUCCUUUAUCUUUUCCCAGCAAGUUUGGUGCCCCCUUGGUGUGUCCCAUUGUGUGACAGAGGGCGGGGAUCUGCCUGGCUCCCAUGCCCCUGUCCCUGCCCUGCUCCCCGCCACCCCGCAGGAGGGGCUGCAGGCCAGCUCCCUCCUGACUCCCCCUUCACCAGCUGAGCCCCCUCACUUCCUGGCUAGGGACCACGCAGCAUCUUUGCCCUGGGCUCAAGGUGCUGUGACAAGCCACAGACCGCAGGAUUUUGGUGGUACCUGCCUGGAGGGCACACCCACAAGUUACUGGGUAUUUGAGUUCACCAGCUGUAGCUCUCACACUCCGGGCAGGCUUGGAUCUCCAGCUCCCAGGGGCCAGCUUACCCAUCACCCCAGGGAUCCUGGGCCCACCUGCCCAUCACCAGGCUCACUGUGA